UGAAUUAUUAAACUACAUACUUGUUUUUACCCUUCAGGCUCUGAAUAUGUGAAACAAGAAGAAAAGUGCUGUGGAACAUGUGUACCAAAGAACUGUACUUACACAGCAGACAACACCACAUAUAUGAUGCGGGUUGGAGAAGUCCGCAUGCACAAAUGUGAAAAUGUUACCUGUCUUGAAAUUGAUGGCUCGCUUGUGACUGAGAAGAGCUCUGAGAAGUGCACUUAUACCAGUUCAAGUGACUGUAAACCUUGCUUUGAAUAUGUGAAAGAAGAAGGAGAGUGCUGUGGAACAUGCAGACAAUCUUGCUGUAUUUACAAUGCACCAGACAACACCAAACAUACUCUCCAGGUUCAAGAGGCAUACAAGUUUAAAUGUACGACCGGUACCUGCAAUAAAGUUAAUGGCUCGCUUCAGAUUGUGGAGAGCAUUAAAACCUGCCCUGACUUUAAUCCAAAUGACUGUGUGCCUGGAACAAUAAAAGAUGACACAGAUGGAUGUUGCAAGAUCUGUGAAACCUACAAGUGUAUUCCUGAAAAGAACAUCACCCGUCUGCAUGUCAAUGAUUGUAAUUCCUUCCAGGAUGAAGAAGUUGCAUCCUGCACUGGCCACUGUGAAUGUGUAAAUCGAUGUAUUCGAUGUACGUGAACGAUUUGAUUCACAGCUGUUCCUGCUGCCAGGAGAAGAAUUUCACCCUUCGACCGGAUAAAAAUAGAUCCUAAUUAACUGCUGAAUAAUCUGACAUAUUACAAUUUUAAAAUAUAUAUCCAAUAACGGAAAUGAUUUAAGGUGAUUGUUAUAGUACAUUAAUGGCUAAGGUUAUUUUGGCAAAUAUUGCACCAUUUAUUUUUUUCUGUGUGGUUUGAUCUUGGGGUAUGGUUAACUCUAGUCUGUUACCUCUUAAAGGGGAUCCUGGGCAUCUUUUCUUUUAUUUGUUACACUCUCUGGUAAUGCAUGAGAUAAUGUACUUUUCUUUCCAAUGAAUUGAAUUAAAAUCACAAUAAAGCAUAAUAAAGAGCA